CCUCAUUUGUUGUCACUGUCUGUUGCCAUGUCUAUGUGUGCCCUGCUAACAGAUUCUAUACAUUUCACUGUUUCAUCAUAUUACAUAUACAAUAUAUACGGGGGAUUUAUUUAUUUUCUGUACAUACAGGAAGAUGCACUAAAUCCCAUGUACCUGGGCAAGAUCUUUUAGAAUUUCAGCUUCCGAGUGGUGUCGCCAUUUUGUUUUGACUGAAGGGUUUUAAAUAACCUCAGUCAUUCCACCAGAUGAAAAAGCUAUAGCUUUGCAUUUCUGGAAGGUGGCACUCACUCUCAUACAGAAACACACACAUAGUGGCAUCUAUGAAUCUCUCUGAACUACAGUAUCACUAUUGGGAAUUAAAGGAGAGUGGUCGAAAUCAACCUGACAUUACAAUCAGACUCCAAUCAGACCGUGGCACGAGCUAUCUCUCAUUAUAUGUGUGUGUCUUCCUAAGUGUCUCGCUCUUUCAUGUCUUUAUCCCUCUCACAUUCCCAGUCCACUGUCCAUUUUUAAAUAUAUAUAUAUAUAUAUAUAUAUUUAAAAUGGACAGUGGAUUGCUAUCUGCUGUGAUGCUUUGUAUCUGCUUUGUACAAAUUGAAAAUUGAAUCAAAAAUGAGUUUCAAAACGAGUUCAAACCACAUCUCUCAUACAGAAAAAAUAAUAAGUACACAUACCAAACGCUGAGCUCCUUUGUCUAACCAAAUAUGUCACAUCACACAUCUGUGUGCUUUGCUUACCACAACAAAUCCACUGCUUAGACUUUUUCCAAUGCCCUCUCUCUCUCCCCCGCAUUCAUUUUAAUACUCUGAGCGAGUUUUUAAUCUUGUAUUACUUUUAAGAGCUUACUCCAUAUAGGAAACACUCACAGUCUGUUGUAACAUGACUGAAACCAUAAGGUAAAUAUUUACGUGGCAGAAGAAGUACCUCUUAAAUUAAGUGCAGCAUCCAUGUCCAAGUGUAGUAUUAUGUGUAUGUACAUACAGGAGAAUUGUACAUGCAAAACAUGGCGCCCGUUGUGUUUUCUAUUACAGUGUGAUGCAUAUGCUUAUGUGUAUUUAAGUUUAGGUUGUCUGUGUUUGUUUUGUUUUGUUCUUUUUUAUUGUUGUGAAGCUAUGUGUAAAGGUCAUCACCCAGAUUUUUUUUUUAUUAAUGUCAUUUUUUUAAUGCCAUUUUUUUUGUUCUGUAAUCCCAAAUGGUUGCCCACUCGGUCUGAUCUGGUCUGGGGUGAGUUAGGGCCAGACUCAUUCUAAAGUCAGCUUCUGUCCGGGACUGUAAGCAUUUUACUGUGUGCCAAAUGUACUGUAUUCAAAAGGAUGUGAAUGUGUAUUGUUUGUUUUGGAACCUAUUAAAUACAAUGAUGUCAAAA